AUCACAGGAGGCCUUACGGGAGAUUUCAAAAAAUGGCUUCACAUAAAAAAUUUAAUAAAUAAGCAUAUUCAUUGUUUCGAUCUACAUUGUUAAAGAAACAAUAUUUAUCGGAAGACAAUGAAAAAUAUUGUUUCGGUAUUGUAAAAGAUUUACUUGGCAAUUAUUUCCGAGUCUAAUCGUUUGGACUUUCGCAAGGCUAUGGACUUUCUAUUAGUACAACGGUUGAGUGCCCAGGAGCACGAUUGCACCCGUACGUGGGACCCGGGAACUCAACCGUUGUAGCAAUUGAAAGUCUAUAUCCUUGCGAAAUUUUAAACGAGGGGGGGAUUUUUUUUCAAAAACGAAUUUUUCCAAAUUUCCAAAACUUCCGCCGAGGCGGCUGACCAAGUCGACUGGUCUAAAUCUUCUGAACAAGUAAUUCGAACGCUGGCAGCUAGUAAAGGAAGCUUAAAUUAACUAAAGGAAUUGAUUGGGAAAGUAAUAGGUCUCUUCGACCUAUAAGCUCAGUGGAUGCGCUGGGCUUAUAGGGAAGGGGACACCGCUGACCGUUACUAAGAGCUGGAUUCCCUUUGGUAAAGUGCUUUAUGUGAAGAACAGGCUGCACCAAAAACGUAUGUCUAAGUAGGAGGGUUGGACUUGAGAGUGAGGAAGUCAAGAAAGACAAUGAAAGUUAGUGGUCUCUUCUUGGGUUACACCAGAGCCAGAGUCAGAGCCGAAGCAUUUAUCUCAGGUUCGACUUAAAAUAGUCCAAGACCCGGUAGCUGCUGGGUAUCAGACCAAGCCUACAAUACCUAGUCUCUUUGUACUCUGUAAUGCCACUUGGCAGAACAGAAGCAAAUUGCUUAGAGUUUGUUGUAUGAGGAUCACCCGAGGAAAAUUCUUUGGGUUGUGUUGCAAUAUAGUUCAUAAAAUGCUGGAUUGGAUGAAUUAAUUAAGAAAUAAGGCAAUGCAACACGUGGACGAUCUGAAUAGGAGGAUUGACAAGGGAGUUGGAAGCGGAUCUGCCGGAUCGGUGGUGGCUAGUAGGCUGUCGGAGGAUCCGAAUCACAGUGUUUUAUUGUUAGAGGCUGGGAUAGAACCUAAUAAAUUGUCAUACAUCCCUCUCAUGCCGCUUAUUCAGAAUGCGGAUCUGAUAAAUCCACCGAACUGGGGAUACAGGGUCCACCCACAGAAACGAAGCUUUUUUGGUUUUCACCACAAUUCUCCCCCAUGGUUAGCUGGCAGAGUUCUAGGAGGAACCAGCAAUUUAAACUUCAAUCUAUACGUUAGAGGUCAAAGAAAAGAUUACGAUUUGUGGGCCCAACAAGGAGCAACCGGAUGGAGCUGGAAGGAUAUAUUCGGAUACUUUAUCAGAGCAGAAAAUAACAUCAAUUACCAUAAUGAAUUUCAUGGAGUAGGAGGUCCAUUGACUGUUUCUCAUUCGCCGUAUUACAGUCCAUUACUGAAAAAUUUUUUGGGUGCAACCAGAGAGAUGGGUCUACCCAUACGUGAUUUUAAUACCGAUCGACACGAUUCAUUUUAUAUUAGUCAAGGGACCAUCGAAAACGGAAAAAGGAAAAACUCUUAUACAGCAUACAUCAAGCCAAACUUGCAUCGAUCUAAUUUAAGAGUGGUGACUUCAGCACUGGUUACUAAGUUAAAACUGCCAGCGAGUAGCACUAGAAGAGACGUGCCCACCUGUGACGGAGUAGAUAAAACCACAGAACACCAGUAA